AUGGCUGGCGACGAAGACGAAGACGACUACCUGUCGAUGCCCCUCGACCACAUCAAGGAAGAGAGGGAGAGCUCCAUCAAGCGCGUAGCCCGCCUCAAGCAAGAACGCCUCGACCGAGGCCACGUCAAGUCCAAGGCCGAGCGCAAGAAGCAAGCUGAAGAAGACCGCGAGAAAGCACUCGCCACCGCAAUCGACAGCUCCAACAAAGGCGCCAAGAUGAUGUCCAAGAUGGGCUACGAAGGCGGCGCUUUGGGCAAGACGGAGGGUGCGCGUACUCAACCCAUCCAGCUGCAGAUGAAGGAGGAUCGCGGUGGUCUCGGUAUGGAGAACGACAAGAAGCGGAAGAUCCGUGAAGCAGCCGAGGCGGCGAACGUCAACGAGAAGCGCGUCAAGCUUACUCUGGAGGAGUAUCGCGAGCGCAACCGACUCGAGAGAGAGGAGAAGAAGCAAGAGGCUCAGCUGUGGACUGCUAUGCGUACCCUCGAGACCUUUGAGACGGAGGACGAGCCAGAUGCAGUCAAGGGCCAAGCCGAUGGCACCGCGAAGAAAUCGAAGACUACGCCACUGCACUCGAUCAACGUACUCUGGCGCUCAGUUGUCAAGGAGCGACUCGGAAAGGAUCACAAGCGCCGCAUGAACAGCAAGCUGGCCCAGAGCCUGUCUCGUCGAACCGACUACAACGACGUGGAUUGCGACGAGGACGACAAGGUGGCUUCCGGCGCCGAAGUGGAGGAGGAUCUCGACGAAGAGGACGCUGAGCUGGACGAGUUUCAAGCUCUGCCUGUGGGCGAGAGACUUCAGAAGGUCGUGGCCUACCUUCGCGAGCACUACUUCUACUGCUUCUGGUGCAUGAUCCGCUACCCAACCAAGGAGAUGGGAGACUGCCCUGGCUUGUCGGAGGACGAGCAUGGCUAA